AUGGAGAGCCCCUCAGCUUCUCCACACAGAGGCCAUGUCCCCUGGCAGGGGCUCCUGCUGGCAGUCUCACUUCUGACUGUCUGGAUCCCGUCCACCAUGGCCGAAUACAUAGUGGAACCUGUACCGCCCAUCGCUGCUGAAGGGAUGGAUGUGCUUCUCCUCCUCCACAGUCCACCACAGAAUGCUGAAUACUACGCCUGGUAUAAGGGGGAAACACCUGAUGCAAGUCUUCGUAUUGUAACAUACACAGUCCAGGGCAGCAGUGUUAAUAAAGGGCCUAAAUACACAGAUAGAUACACAAUAUUCCCCAAUGGAUCCCUGCUGAUCCAGAACGUCAUCCAGGACGACACAGGAAACUACACCAUAGGAGUCAUCGAUGAUUCUUUUGUUCCUAUAUAUGUAACUGUACAGCUCCACGUAUACUACACCCAACUUAGCAGCAACGAUACCCAGCCCAUCGAGGGCAAGGAAUCUGUAGUGUUAACCUGUGAACCUGACAUUCCGGGCAUGACCUACCAGUGGUACAAAGAUGGCAAGGAACUCCAGGAGAUCCCUGACAGGCUGCAGCUGUCCUCGAACAACAGGAUUCUCACUCUACUCAAUGUCACCAGGGAAGACGUGGGAAUCUAUGAGUGUGAAAUCAGCAACUCAAUGACUGUCAUCUUCAAGAACUCACUCACCCUGAACAUUUCUUAUGGCCCGGACACCCCCACCAUUUCCCCUCCAGAGGAGAACUACUGUUCAGGAACCAACCUCAGCUUCUUGUGUGACACAGACUCUUACCCACCUGCACAGUAUACUUGGCUCAUCAAUGGGCAGAUCUGGGAAUCCACUCAACAACUCCACAUCCUCAACAUCUCUUUGAGUGAUAGCGGGUCUUACACCUGCAAGGCCUAUAACUCCAUCACUGACGUCAGUAACAUCACUGUUAAGAACAUCACAGUCCAUGAGACAGUAGCACAGCCAUCCAUUCAGGUCAACAACACCACAGUCACAGAAAAGGACAUUCUGGUCCUGACCUGCCUCACAGCUGAGCCUGUAAUAUCCACCCACUGGAUCUUUAAUAGCCAGAGUCUGCAGCUCACAGAGAGGACACGGCUGUCCUUGGACAACAGCACCCUCACAAUAGACCCAGUCAUGAUGGAGGAUGAAGGGGAGUACCAGUGUGAGGUCAUUAUGGGCUGUUCCAGCAAGAGUGACCCUGUCAGGAUAGCAGUGAGAGCUAUGGAUACAGAAAAUACUCACCUCCUGCCUGGGGCCAUUGCCGGCAUCGUGAUUGGAGCCUUCGUUGCCGUGAUCCUGCUCUGCAUCCUGGCCUACUUUCUGUACUGCAGCAAGACCCGCAGGGACAGAUCACGGGCCACCUUCACCACCACCACCACCUCCCCCAACUCCCUGCCACCUCCUGUCCUGCGAAAUCAUAAAGUCUCAGGUCAAGACCAGUCUGACACUUCACCUGCAGAGAUCCACGAAGUCGCAUAUUCCUCCCUCAACUUCCAUGUCCUGCAACCUAAGCAAUCAACGCCAGCCUCCCUCUCCCCUGGAGCCACAGACACAGUUUAUUCAGAAGUCAGAAAGAAGUAA